AUGGCAACAUUAAAAUUUCUUUCAUUUCUCAUUGUUCAACUUUUUUUGGUCUUGGAAGUUGCCAAUUCACAACGGGUGGAAGUAGGGUUCUACAAGAAAACAUGUCCAAAUGUAGAGACAAUUGUGAAAGAAACAACAGCUCACUACAUUUCUCGUGCUCCUACUCUUGCUGCUCCAUUGUUGAGAAUGCAUUUUCAUGAUUGUUUUGUUAGGGGAUGUGAUGGUUCAGUGCUACUGAACUCAACAAAUGGAAAUCAAGCUGAGAAAGAUGCAAUUCCAAACCAAAGCCUGAGAGGGUUCCAAGUGAUUGAUGCUGCUAAAUCUGCUUUAGAGAAAGAGUGUCCUGGCACUGUCUCUUGCUCUGAUAUUUUAGCCUUAGCUGCCCGUGAUGCUGUUUCACUGAUCAAUGGACCAAGUUGGCCAGUUCCCUUGGGAAGAAGAGAUGGAAGAGUCUCAAUCCUCUCAGAGGCCUCAAAAAACCUGCCAACUCCUUUUGAUAACUUCACUACUCUUAAAACAACAUUUGGUGCACUGGGCCUAAAUGUAAAAGACCUUGUUGUUCUAUCAGGAGGACACACAAUUGGGAUGUCACAUUGCUUUUCCUUCUCGAGCCGUUUGUACAAUUUCACUGGCAAAGGUGACAUCGACCCAAACAUGGACCAAAACUACAUUAAUCGUUUGAAGAUCAAAUGUAAGCCCAAUGAUGUGACCACAAUUGUUGAAAUGGACCCUGGAAGUUUCAAGAGUUUUGACACUGAUUAUUACACUAUGGUUGCCAAAAGAAGAGGAGGCCUUUUCCAAUCUGAUGCAGCCUUAUUAACAAGUUCUACGACAAAGCCAUUUAUCGAUCAACUAGUACAAGGAUCACUCAAAGAGUUCUAUACUGAAUUUGCUAAGGCCAUGGAGAAAAUGGGCAAAAUUGAACUUAAGACUGGUUCUAAUGGUGAAAUUAGGAAGCAAUGUGCAGUUGUGAAUUAA